ACCCGCUCUCACAUCCUGUGGGCUCCCAGCGUGACCUCCUGCAGGAGGAGUAGGUAUCCGGGAGGCGUUUAGGACCCAGGAGAAUGCCAGCCACCGUGCGGGGCUUUGGUGCCCACGCCUCCUACCAAAAAUUCACAGCCCGGUGGAGCUGAGGCGCUCUCAUUCACAGUUUUCUCGAGAGAUCUGAGCCUGGAGCUGGCAGAGAGGGAGCCUUCUCCCGCACCCAUCUCAGCAGCAAGGGCACCUGCAGGAAAAAUACCCCCAGGCAAGGCUGCGUGGCACUGUGAAGUGAGUGAUGGAAUAAGCUACACUUGUUUUUGGAUGGAUUACACUACAUACGAACUGAAAGUUAUACCUCCUUGCAAGGCUAUGAAAAAGGCCCUAAAACAAUUCUUUUCAAACAGCUGGGCAGCAAAAAGCUUUUGAAUGGAUCACACUUACAGCAGACCAUUAGUUGAAUGGGAUCAGCAUUUCUUCUGCUAAAUAAUCUGAAGUUAAGGAUCUGGAAAAGAGACUUUUGCAGAGAUGACCCAUUUACAAACUGGACUUAGUCCAGAGACUAUAGAGAAAGCCCGUCUGGAACUGAAUGAAAACCCAGACAUUUUGCAUCAGGAUAUCCAACAAGUCAGGGACAUGAUCAUCACCAGGCCUGACAUUGGGUUUUUACGUACGGAUGAUGCCUUCAUCUUGAGAUUUCUCCGAGCCAGAAAGUUUCACCAAACAGAUGCCUUCAGACUGCUGGCCCAGUACUUCCAGUACCGCCAGUUAAACCUGGAUAUGUUCAAGAACUUCAAGGCUGAUGAUCCUGGGAUCAAACGGGCUCUGAUUGAUGGAUUCCCUGGAGUGCUGGAAAAACGUGAUCACUACGGCAGGAAGAUUCUUCUGCUUUUUGCAGCUAACUGGGAUCAGAGUAGGAACUCCUUCACAGAUAUUCUACGGGCUAUUCUGUUGUCUUUGGAAGUUCUCAUUGAAGAUCAAGAGCUUCAGAUAAAUGGCUUCAUUUUAAUUAUAGACUGGAGCAAUUUCUCCUUCAAGCAAGCCUCCAAGCUAACACCGUCUAUCCUCAAACUGGCCAUUGAAGGGUUACAGGACAGCUUUCCUGCUCGCUUUGGAGGAGUCCAUUUUGUCAACCAGCCCUGGUACAUCCAUGCCCUGUACACGCUAAUCAAACCAUUUCUCAAAGACAAGACGAGGAAAAGGAUCUUUCUCCAUGGUAAUCUGAACAGCCUUCACCAGCUAAUACACCCGGAAUGCCUGCCUUCUGUUGGAGGUACGCUUCCUCCUUAUGACAUGGGAACUUGGGCUCGGACAUUACUUGGUCCUGACUACAGUGAUGAAAACGAAUACACUCACACUUCCUACAACGCGAUGCAUGUGAAGCACUCAUCCUCCAACCUAGAGAGGGGGUGCUCACCGAAACACAUGACAAGGUCUCAGUCUGUGGUGGAACCUGGCACGCUGAAACAUGAGGAACUGGGUGAGAGCGAGAACACCCAACUUCUACUGGCUCUAGACUGAGUUCUGCAUCGCCAACACAUACAAACGCAUUGCCAAAUUUCAACAGCACCAGAAACCUGCGAAGCACACAACACGCUUUAAACACACUCUCUCUCUCUCUGUGUGUGCUUGAAAACAAGGUCCUCCAUUUUCCAGACCAAACUAACGAUUGUCACCAGCCACCUGUCUGUGCAGCCAAAGCUAACAAAGACAGAGAUUUCUUUUGGUUCAGGAUACUAACUAACAAAGUAAGGAGUCUAGUUGUAAAAAAUAUAUAUAUAUUCUUUUCUUUUUUCCUUUUUAGAUUUGCAAUGUGAAAAUGACUGAAAGUGAAGGAUGAACUCCUUUGUACACAUACAAACAAUGCACAGAUGGAAGUUUUUCUGAGUUGUUAUGCAGGGAUGCGCUUUAAUUUCCUAAAACAAAGUUUAGAUUAAGUGCAUUUUAAAGUAGAGUAUCUUGAAGUUAACCUGUGCAUCUAAUUAUUAGGUUUAAUGUAGCUUGCAGACCUGAGAUAACAGCAUUGCCAAUACCUUUCAAUUGCUACCAAGGUUUUUUAAUAAAAAUCAAAAAAAAAAAACCAAAUCACCACCAGCAUAAUGUCAUUCAACAUUACAGUAUGUGAUAUCAUCCUGGCUGCUUGCAGGGUUCACUUAUUUCUGUACCCUGCAAAGAUUAUUCUUUAUUUAUGAAGCCUUUAUAAAACUGUCAGCUAAAUGUAAUGAGCUAUGUGGGCAGCAGCCACACAGAAUUUGAAAUGCAAUUAUUUAAUUUUACCAAUGUGUUUUUCCACAGGCAACUCUACAGCCUGUUACCCUUGUGUGUAUCUGUGUGUGCGUUGUGGGGGCGGGGAGGGAGGGGGCAGGGGAAGUCACUGGAAAAAAUUCACUGGUGAUUAAUGGUCCAAUCCAGAUUGUUUCAUUUAGGUCACUACAGCAAAUGAAAGCUCUGCAGAGCCAUUUAACCCUCUUCCUUCCUGCAGUCAGCUAAAGGUGUAGCCAGAAGGAUCUGCUGAUUGCAGAUGGUGGCUGUGGUUGAAUCAGAAAGGGAAAACUUAGAAUGAAUUAUAUCACAUAGUGCUUCAACUGAAAGGAAAUGUGGAAGAACAGAAAUGGAGAACUGAAAUGCCAAAGAUCAGUUUGUUAUCUCUCUCUUUGCCAAA